AUGUUCCAACGACCGGCUUGUUUACAGGGUCGACGGCGACGCAAUCGCGCCGUCGAGGAUUGGACAGCCUUUCCCGUUCGGCAACUAUUCAUUUUGGCUCUUGUGCGAAUCUGCGAGCCCAUCGCGUUCAUGUCGAUCUUUCCAUACGUGUAUCGAAUGGUCGAAUCAUUUCAUGUGACCGACAAUGACCAGAAAAUCGCUCUCUAUGCCGGUAUGAUCACGUCCUCCUUCACCUUCGCAGAGUUCUCUGCAGGUAUGUUCUGGGGGCGGAUGAGCGAUCGGAUCGGCCGCAAACCGGUGCUUGUCAUGGGAUUGGUAGGCACAGCCAUCAGCAUGGUCGCUUUCGGCUUUGCGCCCAAUCUGGCCACCGCAAUGGUUGCACGAGCUCUCGGCGGAUUACUGAACGGCAACAUCGGCGUUCUGCAGACGACCGUGGCAGAGAUCGUGACCGUCAAGGAGCAUCAGCCGCGGGCUUACUCGAUCAUGCCGUUCGUGUGGUGUCUGGGCUCGAUCAUUGGGCCAGCCAUGGGGGGUGCACUUGCCCAACCGUGCGACAACUACCCACAGCUUUUCUCGCGUGACACCUUGUUCGACCGUUUCCCAUUUCUGCUGCCCAAUCUGGUCUGUAUCGGAGUGCUGAUGUGCGGAAUCGUCGUCGGAUUUCUGUUUUUGGAGGAAACGCACCCCGAAAAGAAACACCGUCGGGACCCUGGUCGAGAGUUGGGCAACUGGCUCGUCAACCAAUGCUGGACCAGCCGCCUGCAGCUCCCCGAGGUCUCUGAUGUCGAGGGCAAAGAGACCAGGUACAUUGCAUACAACGACACUGAUGACGUUCCACCCGAGUACACGAGUGCCGAAUCAUCGCCCUGCCUCCGCCCUGUGAAGUUGAACGUGGGGAAGAGCAUGGGCGACCAUGCCGGGGUAGCCGCGUGCGAUACCGACGUAGAGGGACAGAAACCGGCUGCGCCCAAGGCCUUCACGCGGCAAGUCAUCUUGACCAUUGUUGCGUAUGGCAUCCUCGCCUACCACAGCGUUUCCUUCGAUCAGCUGAUGCCGGUCUUUUUGAGCACCCCCAAAUCCGAUGAGGCGGUGGUGUUACCCCUCAAAUUUACCGGUGGUCUUGGGUUACCAACAAAGACCAUCGGCUUCAUGCUGGCCGUGCAAGGAGUCUACUCCAUGAUCGCGCAGCUGUGGCUCUUCCCAUUUGUGGUCAAGCACUUUGGAACUUUGCGCACGUUCCGUUUUGUCUUGCUCGCUUGGCCGCCGCUCUACUUGGCUGUGCCUUACCUGAUCCUGCUGCCCACAAAGCUUCAGAUGCCUGCCGUCUACGCCGCCCUGAUCAGCAAGAUCACCUUCCACGUGAUCGCCUUCCCCGCCAUCGCCAUCUUGCUGGCUAACGCGGCUCCCACAUCAAAGGUACUUGGCUCCAUCAACGGUGCUGCUGCCUCCACUGCCAGUCUGAGUCGCGCCUUUGGCCCCACGAUCACUGGCCUGCUGCACUCCAGAGGUCUGCUGAGUGGAUACUCAGUGCUGGCAUGGUGGGCCUGUGGGCUGGUUUGCAUCGUUGGCGCCAUCCAAAGCUUCUGGAUGGAAGAGUCCGCCGAGCCUGAGCGCUUCAAGACUCCUACCUCCGAGAUGGACAACGAAGAGGUCAAGCAGGAGUCGCUCUCAAGCGAUGCCGAUUUGUAUCUCGGUCGCGAUUCCAUCUCAGAGGAAGAGCAACGCUUACUGUCUCUCCGCUCCAGCCUUGAUCAUGAGUUCGAUAUCAACACCCUGAGCUUGACUCCAAUCAAUGACUUUUCGACUCCCCCUGAGACGGAGCUGGAGUCAAAAAGCUGCACUUGA